AUGGCGGCCGCCCCUAAUUUCGGGGUAACCCUUUUCCGUUUUCUUCGCCACCUUCCUCAACCCGUCGCCGAAACCCCUCAACCUCUUCUCUUCCAAUCCGCACACCCACACGCCAAUCCCAAUGGCGUCUCUUUUUCUUCCUCAUUCACUCGUAAAUCAUGGUCUCUUUCUUCUCCUUCCUCUUCUUUCAAAUUCCGACCUCUUCCUCUUCUUUCCACUCCCGAUCUUUCUCCUCCUAAAGCAACUUCCGAAAGCGCCGGUGAAUCUGCAGACUCUAAUUCUCUGCUCAAAACUCUUCAACUUGGAUCCUUGUUCGGAUUGUGGUACCUCUUCAAUAUCUAUAAUAAACAGGUGUUGAAGGCAUGUCAUUUUACAAUAACUGUUACUGUAGUUCAGUUUGCUGUUGGGACUGUUCUUGUAUCAGUUAUGUGGGCUCUUAAUCUCUACAAGAGGCCUAAGAUCAAUGGCGCUAUGCUUGCAGCUAUAUUUCCACUUGCUAUUGUGCAUGCUUUGGGGAACCUUUUCACCAAUAUGAGUCUUGGAAAGGUGGCUGUGUCUUUUUCUCACACUAUUAAAACUAUGGAGCCUUUCUUUUCUGUUAUCCUUUCUGCCAUGUUUCUUGGAGAGAGGCCUACACCAUGGGUGAUUGGUUCCCUUGUGCCUAUUGUUGGUGGAGUUGCUCUGGCUUCUGUUACUGAGGCCUCUUUCAAUUGGGCUGGGUUUUGGAGUGCAAUGGCUUCCAAUGUGACAAACCAAUCACGUAAUGUUCUUAGCAAAAAGGUCAUGGUUAAACAAGAGGAAUCCUUGGACAACAUAACUCUCUUCUCUAUAAUAACAAUAAUGUCCUUCUUCUUGUUAGCACCUGCAGCUAUCUUCAUGGAGGGUGUCAAAUUCACCCUUGCUUAUCUGCAAUCUGCUGGAUUAAAUAGGGUAUCACCUGUUACUCAUUCCGUAGGCAAUUGUGUGAAGCGUGUUGUGGUUAUUGUGAGCUAUGUGAUCAUCUUCAAAACACCUGUCUCUCAUGUGAAUGCUUUAGGUACUGCUGUUGGUCUUGCUGGUGUUUUCCUCUACUCAAGGGUGAAGCGAAUUAAGUCAAAGCCAAAGGCAGUUUAA